AUGCAGUCUAUCGCGCAACGCAUACAUCGGUGUUGGAGAAAAUAUGAGAUCUUGAAAGCUGGCGUGUACAUAACAAUUGGUGCAACGUUUACCCAUUUUGUUCUAAAAUCGGAAGUUCCAAAAAUUCCAUUCUCACAGCCGGUAAAUGCAGCUGAAAUAAUUUACCCUUCUCUUGUCGGCGCCCCAAACCUCCCAAUAAACAAUGAAGUUUUUCAUACUUUGGGAAUGCCAUCAUCAAGUCAUCUUCGUAUUUUUGACGGCUAUAUAUGUGUUUAUGACCGUCGCAACAGAAUUCCAUAUUGGGUAAUGGAGCAUUUAAACCCUGCUAAACUACAUCAAGUUGAUAUUGAUAAGGCUGGAGUAGAUCGUAAGGAUUUCGAUUUCUAUGAAGAUCUUGGUGAAAUUGAAAUGUUCCGUUCUACUAACAAAGAUUAUUUGAACUCUGGAUAUGAUCGUGGUCAUCUGGCCGCUGCAGGAAAUCAUCGCCUCAGCCAUUCAGCUAUGGGACAAACUUUUAUAUUAAGCAAUAUUGCACCUCAAGUUGGGUAUGGUUUCAAUCGGCAUGGUUGGAAUAGCCUAGAGAAGUAUAUACGUGCGAUUGCAAGAAAGUCACACAAUAUGGUUGUUAUUACAGGACCAUUGUUUCUACCCCAAAAUGCAAAUGGCAAGAAAAUUGUGACUUAUGAAGUAAUUGGUAACAAUAAUAUUGCAGUUCCAACUCAUUUCUUCAAAGUAGCAGCUAUUCAAAAUAAACCAAAUGGAGAAUGGCAUCAAGUAGCUUGGGUAAUGCCCAAUAUUCGUUUACCUGAGCAAAUUAAAGUGGAUGCUUUUAGAGUUCCUGUUGAAAGUGUUGAAAGUGCCUCAGGCUGGAAAUUUUUCCCUAAACUUAAAUCUUAG